AUGGCAAAUACACAAAGGGAAUGGCACGUUGCAAUUUGGCGUGCUAAGGGGCACUUGUACAUCGGGGCUGGGUGGGAACAUUUCGUUGGUGAUUUACACCUUCGAGACCAAGAUGUAUUGUAUUUCUAUUAUGCUGGGAUCGGUGUCUUUCAUGUCAAAGUUUACAAUAAUUCCAUGGAGGAAAGGUUCUAUGAACAGCCCGCUGGACCUGUUGACGUGGAGGAGGCUGCUAUAGGGGUGGAGGUUGUUGACGUGGAGGUGGCUCCAAUGGAGGAGGUUGUUGACGUGGAGAAUGUUACGGAGGAGGCUGCUAUAGGGGAGGCUACUGUAGAAGAGGCUGUUGACGUGGAGGAUCGAGAGGAAGCUGCUAUAGAAGAGGCUGUUCACGUGGAGGACCGGGAGGAGGCUGCCGUAAAAGAGGCUACUCGGGGCUGA